CAUUUUGUGUAGGCCAGAUACAUUUAGUGUGCGCACACACACACACACACACACACACACACACACACACACUUCUAAUUAAUACAUUUCUUUUUUGUUGCAAUGAUCCUUUUCUCUUCCAGAAGGUAAGAUUAUAUGAGAGUUGAUCCCUCUUUUUUUUCUUACACUAACUCCCAUAUAGCAGGCGUGUGCAUGCUAUUAACAUUCCCUAAUUGACACAGCAUGCAAAGGGUGUUAAAAACCCACUAAAGGCAGACUCACUGGCUGUAGCUCUCACAUUAGUGCUUUUUCACAACAGCGAUUAGAGGCAGAGUCAAGAUUAUUCUGUUCUUGUGUUAUGCUUGUUGGGGUUUUUUUUUUCUCUCCUGUCCUUCAGUCCCAGUUUGUACCACUCAGCCUUGAGCUUUUGUGGCAAGACUUCUCAACAAAUCAAUAUGGUUUGAAGAGAACAUUAUAACCUUCACAGUUGCCAUUAUGGUACAAAAGUCAUGAUUAAUAGAUUAACUAUUUAGGUUGUCUGGUGAGGUUUUCAUUCAAUGCCUAGACAACGGUACAGUUAUAAGGAAAAUUAUGUUUUGAAGCAUGUUAGGUCUUGAAAAUUAUGAAGCAUGUUAGGUCAGAAAAAUACUGCUUUCUUUUUUUGCUGUUUGUGUGUGCUUUAUUAAACCAAAGCUGUAUUCUGUAUCUACAGAUUAAUUUUACUUUCUGUAGUACAAUAUACGUGCACAUACACUGUGUUACACUGUGCUGUCUUAUUGUAUGCAGUGGGACUUCUCCCCUCGCCUGCCUCAACGCCAUGCUCCACACAAACUCCCGGGGUGAGGAGGGGAUUUUCUACAAAGUCCCUGGUCGAAUGGGAGUCUAUACACUGAAGAAAGACAUUGCGGAUGUGGUGAAGGAGCUAUCAGAGGAGGCUUCCGAAGACAGCAGUGAUAAUUUUUCUGACACGCGGAACACAGAAAACAACAGCAGUGGCAGCAGCAAAGAGGGCAGUAGAGGAAGGUGGAAGAGAAGAGGGCCAGCAAAUCUGCAGUCACAGCCAUCUUCCCCACAGUCUCGCUGCUCUUCUCCUUCAGUCUCCAGCAGCAAGCUCAUCUCUUCAUCCCAGAAGCACAGCAAAAAAGCACUUAAACAGGCUCUGAAACAGCAGCAGCAGAGGAAUCAGCGCCGUCAAUGUGGGAUCCCCACAGCCUCCAGCCCACGACUUCUACUUAAAACUGUUAAAAACAUAGCCGAUUCAGCGUCCUCCAAAACUGGCUGGGAACUAAAACAGUCAGAACGUUGCCCUGCCAGUCCCCAGAACUCCACCUCUAGCACUUCCUCCUCUGUCAAAGCAGACACGUGCCACACCGUCGGUUCAAGGAAGAUGUCUCAGCGUUCCAGUCGGCUCAACGCCCGCCAGUUGAGACGAACCAAGUGUGAGAUUGACGUGGAGACACCUGAUUCCAUCCUGGUCAACACUAACCUACGGGCCUUAAUCAACAAACACACGUUUUCCAUGUUGCCCCCAGAUUGUCAGCAGAAACUUCUGAAGCUACUGCCAGAGAUUGAUCGGCAGUCGUGCAUGGAUGGACUCCUGAGAGUAACUAGCUCUGCUUUGAGCAACGAGUUUUUCACAUCUGCAGCACAGUCUUGGAAGGAGAGGCUAGCUGAAGGUGAAUUCACCCCAGAGUUAAGACUAAGGAUGCGGCAAGAGAUUGAGAAAGAGAAGAAGGUGGAGCAUUGGAAAGAGCAUUUCUUUGAAAGUUUCUACGGAGAGCAGUCUGGAUUAAGCCUUGAGGAAUCCAGAGAGCUGACAGAGACUGAAAGCAUUUCUACACCAGCUAAAGACUCACCCCGGCCUGGAAAAACCGAGUGUAGCACAGACGUAGCACAGAAGCCAAACCACGCUGUUGAGGUCACCCACAAGGAGCUGAGAUCCAGAGAGGUGAAAACAUCAGUGUCUAUAAGCCAUCCAGAACCAGAGUCCUUCCAUGCCGAUGCAGUCACAGAAAGUCAUUCAGCUUCUGAUGAGGUGUCUUCAAACGCUAAGACCGCAUCUACGACACAGACUGAGGAAUCUACACCUACUGCAGAGAAAGUGGUGGAACCAUUAACAUUGAGUGUAGAUGAAGAGGUACAAGAGAGCAAGACUAAUAGCCCAACAUCUGCUCAAGAAGCUAGUUCUAAAGGAAAGGAUACCAUAGAGAGAGAGUCUAUAAAGGUUGAGGGGGUUGGGUCACAAGCGUCUGAAGUUACCACUGAGUCACUGAAGCGGAAACUCUACAGUGAACAAGAAGUAGCAGAGAAGAAACCUCGGGUUGCAGAAGGGUCACCCCCACCUCCAACAGAAGGCUCACCCCCAGCAACAACUUCAGUAACUGCACAACAGAGAGUGCCACCUCUUAAAAUCCCUGUGUCACGAAUCGUGUCUGCGCCUGGAGCUCCAGGCCAAGUGUCUCCAAGGACUCCUCAUCCUUUGACACCACCCAGUAUCCGCCCAGGAUGCACCGGGGCACGUACUUUAGCUGACAUCAAAGCUAAAGCAAAACUAGCUCGGGAACAGUGUGCUGCGGCACGUAGAGGAUCCACUUCAGGACCUAGCUCAUCUGGAUGUACUUCCACACCCUCCCCAGUCCAGUCCUUGUCAGAAGAGUUUUCACCAGCAAGCAGUAGAAGCCAAUCUGUAUCUCCAGUAAAGAUUAUCUCCGUGUCUCCUGUCCCUGAGGGCACAGGAGUUCUCUCACAAACAUCUCCUUCCUCAGGUGCUGCUGGGCAGAUGGACCCUAGUUUUGUUCAAAGCUCUAGCGCAAACCAAUUUUUUUCAAAAGAAAACAAGUCCUUUCUGGGUUCUGGUGGAAUGCAUUUAUCACCUUCAAAUAUGCUGGCAUACAGCCAGAAACCACAAGAGACACCAUUGCCAGGGAUCUCAGUGAUCAAAUCCAGCUCCUCAAUUCCUGCCAAUAAUCCUCUGGUCGCUCAGCUCCUUCAAGGUAAAGAAGUUCCCUUGGAAAAGAUUCUUCCCAAACCACCUUCCAAGAUAAAUGUGCAACCUGCGACUGUUGUAGCACAAGAUAAAGGGAACCUGGCUGUUAGGACAUCAGGGACGGGGAAGGAGAAACCUGUAGAUGCAGAGGACGUGAGCAGAUCUAGACUGCUGCAUAAUUCAUGCAAACCUGGGACCAGUGUGGACAAGCUGGACAAGAACACACAGGAGCAGAUUCUUCAUGUUCUAAGGCAUAGAAGUCAGCAGAGCCGACUCUCUCAGCCAUCCCAGUGUGGGCCCUGUCUGCUUGGCUAUCCAGAGAGCUCUAACGACCAACCAAGGUUCCAACUAGGCCUCAUUAGACGUAAGAGGGUGUCCAAACCCGCCAUGACCGGACACUAUCUCCUAAAUAUCUCCACGUAUGGCAGAGGGUCUGAGAGCAGCAAACGGCCUCAUCUGGUUAACCUAAAGAGAGAAAAUGUGGAAGGAGAAGGGAAAGAAGGGGUAGAAUUUAAAGAAGGGCGUCAGUCUUCUUUAAAAGGGCAUUCUAACCCUCUUGGGAUUAAAGUUGAGCAGCAAGGAUUUCACAUCACAAGACCAGACGAUGCACCAGGAUACCAACACUGUCCUCAAAUAAAGGAAGAGUCUCAGUCACUGAGUUGUUCGUCCAAUAAAGAAGAAGGUGGCACUUCUACAAGAACCAAAGAAAUAUCUCCACGGUUGCACCUUGACACCAGUAAACAGGGUAUCUCAGGGCCGCGUCAUUCGGAUGACUGUAAGCCACAGGUAACGUCCUUCCAGUCACAGAGGUCACAGGAUGGACAAGAAACCAUGACGGGUACUUUUUUUGGUGGAACUAUCAGCAUGUCCAUGCCUCACUCAAUAAAUCAUAGCAUCACUGACUCGGGUGCCUCUCCUACCGUUACAUGCAGUAACGAGAACACCAGCGAGGGGAUGAUGUCAUUUUCCGUGACUGUCACUGCCAUACCUGCCGGUCACCUUCUCGAUCAGGGUAAAGGUGAGACCUCACCUGAGCAGGCCUUCAUAGAAGCUUCUGGAAUGGAGGAUGUCCAGUCAAAAUGCUACUGUCGGCUAAAGGCCAUGAUCAUGUGCAAGGGAUGUGGGGCCUUCUGUCAUGAUGACUGCAUUGGACCCUCCAAACUGUGUGUGUCCUGCUUGGUGGUACGAUAAUGGUGAUGAGGACAAAAGGUGACCUUAAAGAUAAAGUUAAACCUUCAAGUAAGUGCGAAGUUGUUCACGUGAAUGGUGAACGUCUCACUGUGUCGAUGUGUCCAUAGGAGUUUGGCUUUUAUGCUGUUGAUCUCUGGUUUUCCAGACAUUUAGCAUGUACAUGUAUACAAUUUGUGCAAUGUUAGAGUAAAACUUCCUCUCAGUUCAUUUACUGAAAACUGAGCACCUUGUUCUAGAUGCAAGACUUCUCGAAUAGUGGCAAUAUAUAAACGCUGGUCAUGUUCUGUAAUAUAUAUAUAUAUAUAUAUAUAUAUAUAUAUAUAUAUAUAUAUAUAUGCACACAAUAUAAUAUAAUACACUCAUGUAUACGCAUAUAUUUUAAUUUUAGAAAGGAAAGUAACAGUAUACUACUAUUUUUGUAAAUCUUGUAAAUAUCAUGACCAUCCCUUUUUUUUUUUCUUGCUUCUUUUUAAAUCCGUUAUUUUUUUAAUACUGUGCAGCUUCUUGGAUCACUAAAAACAAUAUUAUUAUGUAACUUAUUCAGCAAAGCAAUUUUUGUUGAAUAGUUUAAGCCUUAGUAACUCAAGCAAAGAUCCAGACAGCUAAAAUACCAAUUACUUUUGAGAAUUACUGUGAAACAAAAAAAAGAAGAUUAUUUUAAUGACUUAUGCCUUAUGUCUAGGCUAAAAGUGGUACUCUUAGAUGUGAGUAGCAUCAGUGGUAGAUAUAAACAUAAACAAAUUAUUUAUGGAGCAGAAGGGACUAAAUACCACACCCUAGCACUAAUCUUCAAUCACUUUUUUGGUAUAUCAUGGAAUAUAAGGACUGGAUUAUUUUGAUAAAUGAAAGUGGCAAUAAUUUGUACAUUUGUUAUAUUUAUUAAUAGAAUCAUCUAAAUUUAAGAGAGAAUCAAAAUCCCUUAUAACUGUCUUCUUUUUAGGG